CUGAACAAGCCUCACUCAUCUGAUUCAUCAAACCCCCAAAAACCUUUCCAUCGUUUCCCAUGGAACCCGACAAAACCCUAAACGACACGACCGCGACAGCAACCGUGACCGACACGGCACCUACGGAGUUCGAGAAGAACCAGAAGAGGUACCAAGACACCAUCGCCAAGCUCCAUCACCAGAAAGGAUGGAGACCCAAGGAGAAUCUGAUCGAGUUCGGCGGUUUCUGGUGGCAGCAACACCUUCUCGAAGGCUUACUUCACGCCCAAGAAAACUUCAAGGCGCGUCCCGAAGAUUUCCUCGUCUGCAUCUUCCCCAAAACCGGAACUACUUGGCUUAAAGCCCUAACUUACGCCAUCGUUGACCGCUCUCGUUACGACGAUUCCUCCAAUCCUCUCCUCAAACGUAACCCUCACGAGUUUGUCCCUUACGUUGAGAUCGAUUUCCCCUUUUUCCCCCAAGUCGAUGUGAUCAAAGACAAAGGAAACACGCUCUUCGCGACCCAUAUUCCUUACGGUUUGUUACCCGAGUCGAUCACUAACUCGGGUUGCAAGAUGGUUUACAUAUGGAGAGACCCUAAAGACACUUUCACUUCCAUGUGGACGUUCCUCCACAAGGAGAGGUCACAAGAUGGUCCGGUCGCUGAUCUUGACGAGGCUUUUGAUUUGUAUUGCAAGGGCAUGUCGAUGUACGGUCCUUAUCUUGACCAUGUUUUAGGGUAUUGGAAGGCGUACGAAGAGAAUCCGAAGAGGAUUAUGUUCCUUAAAUACGAAGAAAUGAGGGCGAACCCUGUGCCUUACGUGAAGAGAUUGGCCGAGUUCAUGGGGUAUGGAUUCACGGCAGAUGAAGAGGAGAAUACGGUCGUGGAGAAAGUGGUGAAUCUGUGCAGUUUCGAGACUUUGAAGAACCUGGAGGCGAACAAAGGGGAGAAAGAUAGAGAGGAUCGCCCGGCUGUUUACGCGAACAGCGCCUAUUUCAGGAAGGCGAAAGUCGGGGAUUGGCAGAAUUAUCUGACUCCCGAGAUGGCGGCAAGGAUCGAUGGCUUGAUGGAGGAUAAGUUCAAAGGCACUGGUUUGCUUCAGCACGACAAAUGAUUUGUUUCUUGUUGCCCAAGAAACCGAUUCUACAUCCGAUUACUCUGUUUUUAGUUUGAUUUUGUAUGUUUCGUAUCGGAAUAAAUCAUAUGAGCAAAACUUUUAAAUUCAUGACCAUUUAUGCCGAAAUUUGUAAUUUGGAAGUAUGAUUGCAUGCAUGUGUUUCCAAAUUCA